AUGGCUAAAUCAACUUCUUCUAAUGUACAACAACAAAUUGAUUCAUCGGAAAAAGUUGCACAACAAUUUCUUUCCAAUGCUGAUGAAUAUUUUCGUUCGGAUGUUAAAUUGGUAACAAGUGAUUAUGAAUGUUUGAAUCAAAUGAAUACGACUGCACUGGAUAAAUAUAGUCAAAUGAAUCGAAAAUUACAGCAUGUGAAUAAUUCAAUUCGAACAAUGAAUGAUACAAAUUCUACAAAAAUGUUAUCGACGUAUACACAAUUAAAUGAAAUUGAAGAUGCAAUGUCAAAUCUUGAAUCAACUAUUAUGAAAUUAGAUGCAUAUUCUCGUUCACUUGAAACACAAGUGAAAAAAUAUGAAAAAACACUUGCAACAAAUCGAACAACAUCACCGAUAAAAGAUUCAUAA